AUUUUAUAAGUAUUGCCACAACAUAUAUGCAUUUUUCCCAGCGAGCCCACCCCUAGCAUCUGUGGGGCCUAGGGCAGGACUACAAAUCUCUGUAUGUCUAAAUAUUUAAAAGCUUACAAACUGUUACAUAAAAUAUUUAUAUCCACUUACCUGGACAAAUACACCUUCAUAAAACAGAAUUCAAAAUUAUGUGUAAAACUAUGGUUUUAAUAUAGCUGAAAACUGGCAAAAUAUUAAAGAUAGCUAAUUUUUAUUGUGUAUCCUAGGUAUUAUGUUGAUGGGCCACUAAUGCUUGGAUGGGUAAUAAAGACAUACAUAAUCACAUAAUCCAUAAAUUAUGUUAUUUCUUCUAUAAAUGUUUCUCUUGUCUUCAUUUCAGAAGAAUGACUAAUGAAGAUUUUCACGCAAUUGCAUUCUUUUGACAGUAGUGACAAAUUAGACAAACUUUCCUGAGUCAGUAUACUUUGAUAGUUUUUAGUUAUUUCAAUUGGGAGAAACUUGACUCUGCUGAGUGGUAACGAAUUAUGAAUAAAUUCUUAAAGCGUUAUAUGUAGAACUGAAUCAUGACUGUUGAUAUCAUGUUUAAACAGUGUAGAAACGGUGCAUAUGAAAAAUUAUCAUGAUUGCAGAAAAUAUUACACAAUAUUUUCAUUAUAUAAAAUAAUGUUAUUAUUUCACCAUUAUCAUCGUUUCUUACAUUUAGAUCCAUGUAGGAUUUCUUACGUUUUUCUUUUACGUUGUUGGGGUAUUAUCAAGAAAACUGAAAACUGCGGUAGGUUAUUCACUUUGUUUGAAUCUCUCUCUUCAGUACAAUCUACACCUUGAUCUACCAUCGCCGGAAAAUUCUCUCUAUAGAAGUUAGUUUCAGAAUCAUUAAUCCAUAAAUCUUUUUCUUCAGACUCCAGCAAAUGCUUCUAGUUCCGAUUUUCUUACAUUGUACUUUAAUGUCAUUUUAGUGCUUAUUUCAUAUGCAGUUGCUUUUUGGAAACCAUUUUCUCCUAAAACUUUAUGCAAUAUUUUAAAUCCUUUUGGAUUCUUUAAAACUUUUUCUAAUUGUAAUAACUGGACAGCUCAAAUACAAAAUUAACUCUAUUUUCUGCCAAAGACCACGAUUUGCUCUUUGAAUGCUGCCUAUUAUUUCACUUAACUCUUCUGAUGCAUCUCAUGUGUUAACUUGUUUACAAUAAGUCAAAUUGCUUUAACAGUACUCAUGGGGUUACCAUCAUUGUAUCUGAGGGUAGCCACAGGUCAAAUUCAAAAUGCUUCAAGAUGUUCCAUCUUUAGACACUGCCAGAAACAAAAAAACAACCCAGUAUGUCAUCUUUGAAAUGAUCCAACGAAUCGAAUGCCGUUGCUCUAAGUACAGUGGAGGUCAUCGAAAUCCAGCUGCUUGCUAAUUGCUUGCUAAUUGCUUGCUAAUUUCUGGGGCCUCUCUUGCCCAGGUCUAAGAGUGGUUCUGGUUUCCAUUAGUGCUAAAAUGCCUUCUAUAUUCUUACUUCUCAAUUCGCCAAAGGAGCAAGUCCCAGACCCCAGCCUGCUGCAACUUGGCAACAUUCCUACAGAUGUGGCUUGACAAACCAAGAAGAAAUUCUGGUCUCUCAGGAACAGAGACGAAGCACCCCUCGGCCUAGGGAAAGGUCACAGAGGGCCCCGUAACGCAACAGCAUGUGAAAGGCUGCCGGCUGGUGGCACAGGCAGACCUUCUCCCGCGUGGAGCAAAACCCUCAAAUCUUUGGGGGAAGGAGGGUGGCCACCCUGUCGUCCCCAAAGCACAGGUGAAGGCCCGCGGCGGCUGGGGCGAGGGACUCGAGCUGGGAGGAUUGGGGCCCACAGACAAAGCCAGGCCGGCUUCAGAGUCCGGGCCCCUGACCCCAAGGAAAGGUGCCUCUCACACACCGGAGGCUCCAGGAGUGGGGCGGGCAUUUCGGGUCCCGGGCACGGCGUGUCAGAGGCCACGGGCGGGAACAGAAGGAAGCAGGUGUGGCUGGUGCCUGGGGGCGAGGGGCAGCGGAGAGGCCCGGGAGGCUAAAGGAGAACGCGGCGCAGACCCGAGGGGCGCCGCAGGCGACGUGGGCUUUGGAGGAGCACGGACAGGUCCUGAGACCCCGUUGGGCCGACACACCCCCUCCUGCGUGCGGGGGCAGACGUCCCGGUGGGGUAGACUGGCGGCUAGUCCGCGGCGCGGGAGGGCAGGUGGGAGACUGGAGGCGCCCUCGCGCCCCUCAGCUAUCCGGGAGCCUCGCGCCGGCGACCUCGACCCUGUCGAACCCGGCGGAACACUCAGAAAGAAGCUGAGCGCCUAGCAGCGGCCAGGACAGCAGGCCAGGCCCGCGCGCUCCCGCAGCGCACGGCCAGACGCGACGCCCCUCAGCACGGAACCCAGCCGCGCGGACUACCCCGAAGCUCAGAGCCAGAUCCCGCGCAGACGACCGCGGCGACCGGAAAAGCAAGGCAGAGGCGGAAAACCACCGCGAGGUCCCGCCCCCGCUCCGCGCCUGCGUCUGCGACUGCACCGGGGUUGGCCGGGCCGCGGUGGGGCGGGGCCGCUCAGGCGCCUUGGACGCGGAGCCGAGGGACGCGGGCGGCGAUGGCGUCCCAUGCAGAGUGCCGUCCUCUGGGAGUGUUCGAGUGUGAACUCUGUACCUUGACAGCUCCGUACAGCUAUGUGGGACAGAAGCCCCCCAGCACCCAGUCGAUGGUCCUCCUGGAGGAAAGCUAUGUCAUGAAGGAUCCCUUCACCUCCGACAAGGACAGAUUCCUGGUCCUCGGCUCGUGCUGCAGUUUGUGCAGCAGGCUGGUGUGUGUGGGCCCGGAAUGCAGUUUAUUCUACUCCAAGAGAUUCUGCCUCCCUUGUGUCAGGGAGAACAUCAGUGCUUUUCCUCAGGAAAUUCGGCAAGACUUGGAGAAAAGGAAAGUUCCAUCAAAGAGGACCCCCAGCCAGCCCGGUUCUCGGACGUGAGUGCAACUGGGGCUAGGUCAUCGGGCGGCACCCUGCACAGAGCUCCUGGGCCAGCCGGCGCCGGGGAUGCUGCUGAGCUGGGAGCCGCCAUGCCUGGCCUUGUUUCUGGACCAUUGGGAGCAGCACUGCAGCCCAGGGGAGCUGGAGUCCAGCUUGGAGCAGCCACAGGCCCAGGGAGCUGUAGCAAGAGGGUAGCCCAAAGGCAGAUGCCAGACAAGACACAGCCAGGAACCCGGCCAGGUCCACCCACAUGCCCCUCAGGGCCCAGGCCUGAGUGAGUGCUGCUCAGAUGUGACUGAGAGGGAUGACCUCCUUCAGCAGGGCAGCUCCUAAGAGGCUGCGUGCAGGUGCGUGUGGGGGGAGAUGCCACACUGUGUCGGGGCCAUGGUGCACUGUAGGUGGCUGCAAUGGUCUCUCUGUAAGGAAAAUCACUGACAGCAGCUCCUUCUGGAGCCAGUCUGGAAGGUCUAGAGGGGGAUAGAAUUUUUAUUUCAUAUCCUUAUGUGGUGCUUGGAAAAUGUUUUUAACCUUGACCAUGUAUUAUGUUUAUAAUUAAAAACCCAAAGAACCAGCUCAUGUUUGGAAAAGGAAUCUUCCACUGAAACAUUUGGAUACCGGACAUUCUCCCUGGACACUUGGCCCGGCAAUAGUUGGGGUCUCCUGGGAAGCUGAGUGCUGGCUUCUAGCCUCUCCAGUUCCCUCAGACUCUGGCUUCAGCUCGGGCCCCUCUGUUCUGUCUCCCUCGACUCCAAGUCAGGAAUGCCGUGGGCUUCCUGCCCUCACCCUACACCUCAAGACCAUCCCACUGCCUGCCUGCUUGCCCCCUGCCAUCUCGCACUCAGCCCCGGGUGCCUGUGAAGCCUGGCCCCACUGCCUGCCGGGGGUUCCUGCAGCACCCCUACUCCAGGCUCCCCAUCUCCUUGAAGCUUCCAGGGUAGCAGCUGGUGGGACACUGAUCUGUGAGCUCUGGAAUGUCUGCUUAGAAUUCUGAGAGGCAGGAACUGCUCUGUCUUUGUAACUACUCAAGGCCAACUGUCACAUGAAGGAAUGAAUAAAGAGUUUUUACUGACUUGUGCACUGAUGGAUUUUAAGAUGCUCACUGCUUUAAAAGUUCCCGUUGUAGGUGACUUCAGAUGAAAGGAUGUCGUAUUCCGGAGCCAGAUUGUCCGUGAUCCAUUCUGUAUGUUGAAGGACACAAAAGGGACUGUGCAGGUGGAGACAGCCUCCAUGAGGGGCGCAGGGACUGUUCUGGCGGAGGGCGGACCCCACAGCUGGGGACUUGGUUCUUUUAGAUCAAACAGUCCAUCUCGCAGCAUCACUCAAAACUCACCAAAAAAUUUUAAAAAAUAGUUUAUUUUUUAAAACCAUUAAGGCAAAACUGUACCCUGAAAUUAACUCUGUACAUUCAUCAGUCUUACAGUAGGACAUCCCAAACACAGAAGUUCCCAUAUAUUCAGGAUAUAAAUCAGUACAUGUGGUCAGUUCAGUCUCCUAAUAGGAAAAUGAAGACCCAAGAUUUUUUUAAAAAAUUAAGGUUAUUUUAUAGCCAUUUUCUAAUUGCCUGGAACCAAUCAGUUCAUGUGACUAGCAAAAUUACUUUCGCCCUUCUCUGCACACCCUUGAUUCCGGAGGUCCUGGAUGCCUGCUUCCCCCACCAGGAGAGAGGUAUGAAGUUGGAGAGAGGAUGCUGGGGCCUGUGUGGCAGUUCCUACUUUGGAACUGCACCUGUUUAGCAGAAAUAAGAAGCUGUAAGCCCCAAAAUACUGAGAGUAUAAGGCACUCACUAGUAGAGCACAUGUGGAGAGACUGGGCCCAGUCCUUGCUCUGGGAUCUGCCUCGUUCUCGCGUGUGUUUCUGUCAACCCUCUCUCUUAGAGUUUUAGCCUGAUGGCAUUAUGAAUCCCAGAGGGUGUAACCAAUAUGCACCGAGAAGUUUUGCCAAGUUAUUGGAAACAAGGUAUGGGGAGACUCACGGGGUCUGUGGUUUCUGCUUUCUGCUUUGGGUUGGGCCACCUGGAGGAUGCCAGAGAACCGGCACGUGCAAAGAAUUUCCAUCAGGACAUUUCCAAUUGCCAAAGUUCUUUGGUAAUAACCCAUAGGUAACAGUUCCCUGAAGAGCAGACAGCUAUUUACUAAACAAGAAUAGUGAAGGGUCUUUAGCGAAACACUGUUGUAUGAAAUCGGUGGUGUCUAACAUGGAGUCUAAGGCCUCGCUGCUGGAAGUGACUAGAGAUAGCCUCUCCUGUGCUCUGUGCAUAUACAGUGUCGUAAAGGGAACAGAUUUCCACAUUGAAAGUAAAUUCUGCAUGGCUCAGGAGAAAUGAAAAGCUGUGUGUGUGUGCGUGUGUGCACACACACGUGUGCGCAGUGUAUUUUAGAUGUUUGAUUUCAGCUUCCUUUGUGUUUCCAGUAGGGUCAACAGCCAGGCUUUUAAGAAUAUGAGUCAAUUAACACUGAUUUCAAAAGGAUCCAAAUGUUUGUUAUUAGAUGAAUGAUUGUAAGUUAGUAAAAUAUUUGUAUUAGGAUAUUUUUCAAAAACUCAAAUCACAGUAUUUAAGAUAUAGCUAUUAACAUAGUUCUUUUUACCACACAAUGGAGAAAAAAGUGAUAUUUAACAUGAACACUGUGACUUUACCAAAAAGAGUACUACAUGGUCUUCAUCUUUUGUGAGGUACAUGAAAAAGGAACUGACUGUGCCUUAAAAAAAGUGAAGUUGCCAAAAGUGAGUGAUUUUAUUGUGAAAUGAUCGGCCAGUCACUCCUCUCCGGGGCCUGAAGGCUGACCCUCUCUGACUUGAGGCACAGCCAAGGCCUGGGGGUCCGGGGAAGGUGCCCGACUGUGUCCCAGGCCUGCGGCAUGCCCCCCUACGCCCGGUCACCACUUUUCCUAGGAGCCUGGCUGCGUGGACUGGGGGCCUGUUUGUGCACCAGUUUGCACGGCACUUUAUCAGUUCAUUAAAUGAAUGGAUUUUGGAUGCUGGAUGUGUGGGCAGAAGAGGGGCAAGAGAAGAGGUGGCAGGUAGACUCCCUCCUUCUCACAUUUGACCCAACUAGCAAACUUAAAAAAAAUAAAAUAAAAUAAAAGCUGACCCCCCUCCCCAGGUCUUAGUUUGCUAUCUCUGAUGUAAAAAUCAAUUAUUUUCUCUCUUUUUUUUUUUCAAAUAAUCCAGCUAACAGCCAUGAGACCACUCAAGUAUUUGAGGUCAUCAGCUGCGUCCAUCAAGACAUGAUAUUGAACAUGGACACCAUCUGGUCUGUUCGUCUGUUUUUGUUGGCAAAGGACUCCAAAAGGAUGCAGUUGUAUGUGUUUCAGCUGAACCACAUUCCAUAGCUCCUCUCCCCUCACAAAAGGGGUUCUCUGGUGGGGGGAAGUAACGGAUUAUACCUCUCAUGUCUCAAACUGAAAUUCUGAGAAGCAAAUGGUCAGUUGAGGGCCCCAUGCCAGAUCUGCAGGGACGUCCUCAGAUGUCCAGAGCUGGCAAAAGGUGGAGCAGGCAGCAGCCUUGGGCACCAGCCUGUCUCUUUUUGUUCUGAUAAGAAGGCCACACACAUGGCUUUUUGUGAUAAGCUUCCAGCCCAUGCCACUGAAAUAACGUUUAAGAACCUGCUGCAUUUCAGAGAAAUAGCGUAAUGGAAAUCAUUAUGUAAUUAAAGCAUGAAGCUCAUUAUCUUUUUCUUUUUAACAAAACCUUCAAUUUCACAUUUUAGUGUAUACUGUGGUUUCCAGAGAAAUAUAUGGAUCUCCUAUA